AUGACGAAAGCUGGUAGUGGAGCUGAUUUGUAUUUGACAUGGAAAGAUAUAGUGACCAUUGCAUCAGUAGUAGUUUCUGGUGUGAUGAGUUACAAGACUUAUAAGCUUUUGAAAGAGAAGAGAGACUUUGGGAACCUUCCAACGCCAUGCAGUGGGAUAGAUGAGUUGAUUGGGAAUACACCAAUGGUUUUGAUCAAAUCUCUGUCUGAAGCUACAGGAAUGAAUAUAUAUGCAAAGUUGGAAUUAAAUAAUCCUGCGGGCAGUGCCAAAGACAGAGUAGCUUUGAAUAUCAUCAAGACAGCUGAAAAAGAAGGUCUAUUAGUGAGAGGGAAACCUGGUGUGGUUUUUGAAGGAACAAGUGGUUCAACUGGAAUUUCCAUUGCUAUGAUUUGUAAUGCAUUAGGCUACAAAUCUUAUAUUUCAUUGCCAGAUGAUACGUCAAAUGAGAAGCUUGCUUUACUAGAAAGUUUAGGAGCCACUUUAAAUAAAGUUAAACCCGCUGCCAUUAUUGACCCAAAUCAAUAUGUCAAUGCAGCUAAGAAAGCUUGCGGUGAUUUGAAUAGAGAAAAUGAAGAUAAACCAGAUGAACUCAGAAUUAGAGGUAUAUUUGCUGAUCAAUUUGAAAAUGAAUCCAAUUGGAGGGCACAUUAUGAGGCCACCGGUCCUGAAAUUUAUAAACAAUUGAAUGGUAAUAUUCAAGCAUUUAUCGCAGGAUGUGGAACUGGUGGAACAAUAUCUGGUGUGAGUAAAUAUCUGAAAGAAAAGAUAGGGCUAAUAAAUUUACAUGUUGUGUUAGCUGAUCCCCAGGGAUCUGGAUUCUAUAACAGAAUCAACUACGGUGUAAUGUAUGAUACUGUAGAAAAAGAAGGAACCAGAAGAAGACACCAAGUGGAUACAAUAGUCGAAGGUAUUGGUUUGAACAGAAUUACUAACAAUUUUUCCAAAGGUGAACAUCUUAUUGAUGAAUCUAUUAGAGUCAACGAUGAGCAGGCAAUCAAGAUGGCUAAAUUUCUUUCCGUCAAUGAUGGCCUUUUCAUUGGUAGUAGCACAGCCAUUAAUGCAGUAGCAGCUGUGAUUCUAUCUAAAAAUAUGAAGCCAAAUUCGAAUAUUGUUAUCAUUGCCUGUGACAGUGGUUCCAGACAUUUAAGUAAGUUUUGGAAAUCAGCUGUAGCCAUUGACAGUGAAGUAUCCCUCGAUGAAAUAAUGAAAUCUUAA